AUGCCCAACCUUCCGGAUACGGAUCCCAAUGGAAAUCCACGUGGGUUUGCCGUGCGUUUUCUGCUAGCUGAGACGCCCCGCCGCCUUCAUACGGACAUCAUAUCCCACUCAACCCCAUUCUUCCCGGCCCCCAACGGACAAGAAGCAUGUGCAUUCUUCCAAAGUAUUGUUGACGGUACAGUUGAAAGUUAUGUCUCGACUCAUCCAGCGGCACUUGCCUUUGUCCAGGCACCGAAACCCUUUCCGGCAAGCUUCGGAAGGGAAAAGUAUUACAGUGUCAAUGCCUUCAGGUUAGUGGCAGCUAGUGGCAAGGAAACUGUUGUCCGCUACCGCUGGGCUCCGGUCAAGGGGGAGGAAUACAUUGACGACGAGGAAAUAAAGUGCAAGGCCCCGACAUUCCUGUUUGAUGGUGUGCGAGAAACCUUAAAGGGAGGCCCAAUUGAGUUCAAGCUGCUGGCUCAAGUGGCUCAAAACGGUGAUGUGACGAAUGACAGCACCGUACAUUGGCCCGAUGACAGAGAAAUUGUAGAGUUGGGAUUACUGUCUUUGGAGACACUUGUGGACGGCAAUGAUGCGGAGGAGAAGAACAUCAUCUUUGACCCUGUUCCGAGAGUGGAUGGAAUAAACCCAUCUGAAGACCCCCUUAUUAAUAUACGAGCAGGAGUCUACCUUAUGAGCGGUCGAGAGCGCCGCGAGAGUUAA